GUACUGGAGGGACGCCCAGCACUCACUAACACCUCUCAUCCUUUUACCAUUUCUCUCUGUAAGAUAAAUAUGGCAGCCGAGCUAUCAACCUCCAUAAACAUCAAGGAGCCCCGGUGGGACCAGAGCACAUUUGUUGGUCGAGCCAAACAUUUCUUCACCGUCACAGAYCCGAGGAACAUCCUCCUGACCAAUGAACAACUCUCACAUGCACAUUCAAUCAUCACUGACUACAGAAAAGGCAUCGUCUCGCCGGGUCUGACGGAAGACGAACUGUGGAGGGCCAAGUAUGUUUUCGACUCGGCCUUUCAUCCCGACACCGAGGAGAAGAUGAUUCUGAUCGGCCGCAUGUCGGCUCAGGUUCCCAUGAACAUGACCAUCACUGGGUGUAUGAUGACGUUUUAUAAGACAACUCCUGCCGUGCUGUUCUGGCAGUGGAUCAAUCAGUCCUUCAAUGCAAUAGUGAACUACACCAACAGGAGCGGCGACGCUCCGAUCACAGUCAGUCAGCUUGGCACAGCUUAUGUCUCUGCUACCACAGGGGCAGUCGCCACCGCUCUAGGACUAAAUGCACUAACAAAGCACGUGUCUCCGCUGAUUGGACGGUUCGUGCCGUUUGCUGCUGUAGCGGCUGCUAACUGUAUCAACAUCCCGCUGAUGAGACAAAGAGAACUUCAACAUGGGAUUCCCAUAACAGACGAAAAUGACAACAGGUUAGGAGAGUCAACAAAAGCUGCUCAGCAGGCCAUCUCUCAGGUCGUGGUCUCCAGGAUCCUCAUGGCUUCUCCAGGAAUGGCCAUCCCUCCGUUUUUAAUGAAUCACCUGGAAAAGAAGGCUUUCCUGAAGAGGUUUCCAUGGAUGAGUGCACCCAUUCAAGUCAGCCUGGUGGGAUUCUGCCUGGUGUUUGCCACUCCUUUGUGCUGCGCAUUGUUCCCUCAGAAGAGCUCCAUGUCCGUCAGCCGCCUGGAGCCGGAGCUGCAGGAGAAAAUCCGGGCCAGCCACCCGGGAGUGGAGCGGGUCUACUUCAACAAAGGGCUAUGAGCGCGCAUCCAAACUCUGCCAUAGGUCAGCUGUAGACUCGGCCCUCACCGCUCUGACUACCCUCCUCAUUUAGUGUGCCAAAGUUAGGUUUUCUUGUCUUAUUUCCAACGUUCACGUCCACAUCUGAGGUCUCCCUUUCACAGUCAGUCUCUGUUAAAAAAUAAAUAAAUAAAUAAAUCAGGGCCAAAUAUUUGCUUUUAUCAAUGUGAUUGUUUUUUUGCUUUUUUUGCAAAAGGAUUCUUGCACAGGGCUAGAUGAAAUGAUUUAAAGGGGUAGUAUUACGCCAUUUCAAAGAAUAAGAAAGCAACUGUCACCUUAAGUUGUUUUAGAAAUGCUGUUUAAAUCCAUCAUGACUUAAAAGAAAUUUGACAUUACAACAUAAUGCCUUGAAAUUGGGCCUGUGUCUCUUUAAGAAGCUCCUGCUCUUGCUCCGCCUUCAGGAAGUCGUUACAACAUUUUUCCAUUAAGCCUUUAACAACAUUUCUUGCCAGAUUUGCACUGCGAAGUAGGUCUUAUGUUGAGCUCAGUAGAUGCACAGUCCCACCAGGUGUUUUCUAAUUGCUGCUGCUGCUAGUCUGAAGGGAUGAGUGUGGGAGUCGUGGAGAAGGGAUGCUGUGUGAUGCGGAAGCUCGGCUUGCAGACUGCAGCUGGAGGCGCUUUGUGGAAAAGACGUCACUCUGUGAGAGCAAGUGCCUCUGUUCCUGAGAUUAAAGGAUUUCUCAAACAUGCAUGAAAGAAUCAAGGCAACACUCAAAAGUAUGUUGUUGAGAAGGGAAUGACACUAGAACAUGCCGACUUUACUUAGUACUGCCCCUUUAACGUUCCUCCCWGCGGGUUUGUUGUGACCUGUGUGAACUUGUUUGAAGUGAACAUUUCUUCUGUGCAGUGUUUAGUUUUAGUUUGGUGACUCGUUGCUCGUUUGAUCCCAUGAAUCACCGUACUUCAGGUUGGCAGACAGUUUUUAACCUGCUUACAUUACAACUGGUUCAAAACACGCAGGGUUUUUCCCUCUUUUUUUUUGUUCUUUUUUUUUUGCCAAAUUGGUACUGAUGCUUUUUAAAAGAAAAUCUAUCGACAAUUGCCACCUCUUGACCUGAGUUCCUUUGGGAAAGUGAUUACUUUAAAACAAGCUUCUCGACAUCUAACUGUGGAUCUUAAGCUGAUUCUCAAGGGAUCUGCCCUGUAAAAAUGUGAUGUAGCGACGGUUGCUGCCAGUGACGGGCCAACAUGGUGCUAUUUGAUGUCUUAAUAAUCAGUGUUUAUCAUAUUAUUUAUUCUGCUUGCCAGACACACACGAACAAACCACUGCUCAUGUGAAAAUGCUGAAAAAGACCUUUCGGUUCUCCUCAGCCUCAUCCUAACAUUUACUGAGAGUUGCAUAAUUUCUGUUGAACUUUUGCAUAUCUGGGGACGUUUAACCACACGAAACAAAUGUAUGCGUAGAGGAGCAGACGGUCGCAUAAACGUUUCCUCUCGUUGGCGCCGCAAAACUUUUGUGUGCCUCAUUCUAAGUAGCGCAUAAUUGAGAAGUGGAAGAAAAGAAAUAAUGCAUGGUUUUUAAAAUUAUUUCGCAAAUAAAAAUCUGGAGAGCUCAAGCUCACUGGGAUUAGGUCGAGACAUUUCUAAGCAUCAAUUUUCAAGUUUUGCCAUAGAUUCUCAGUUGGCUACAGGUCUGGACUUUGGACCAUWCCGACGCAUGACUGGACUUUGAUCCAAAUCGUUUCUCUGUCGCUCUGGCCGAAUGUUUAGAUUAGACAGUGCUCUAGGAAAUGUUUUCUAACUUAAAGUUUAUUUAAACAUCUCCAAAACUUGGCUUGUCUGCUGGGAUUUUGUUCUUUCUGAUGCUGUUGGUAAACAUUGGCACUGUGUUUUGUAAUUAAGUGACUCCUUCAGAUUUUAUUCAAGGGUAUCGGAAUAAAGAGGGCUAAAUACAAACACAUGGCUCUGUUUUUGGAGUUCUUGUUCAUUAAAAAUGUUCCAGGCCAUGCAUCGUUUUCCUUCCACUUUACGUUUAUGUUCUACUUAGUGCUGCUCUAUCAGAGUCUCAAUAAAAAAAAAAAAAUAUUGAAGCUGAUUGAAAACUAGUGUGACUUUUCACACAUGCAUUUGGGAGUUUAUACCUACUGCUUUCAGGUAUAAAACUGGAGAAAAGAUGCAUGAAAGAAGGAUUAAUGAAAUCUGAGAUUUCUUUCCAAGACUUUGUGGACAUUUGAACUCAUCAGUGACACAUUUUAUCCUGCUGAGUCUGASGAAUGUGGAAACUGUGCAGCUACAGUCUCCUGCUCAGCGUUUUGUCUUUUGUCCAGGCUAACAGAUAAAACACCAACUCUACUGUUACUUGAGCUCAUAGUAUAUCUUUGACCUCUUUUUUUUUUUCCCUCCCUAAAAAAAUGCUAUUGUCAUCAGUGAGCUAUUCAUAUAGAAUAUUCAUCGUUAAGCAUUAUUAAAAUCAGGGAUAAGAGACAAAUAAAAGAUUAACUUGACACCAGAAAACUUAACAUGCAAUGUUUAUCCAAACAAAUCCAACUUUUGGACUUUAAAAUAAACCUUUAACUAUAUUUCUGAGGACCAGGCAUGCAGUGAGAUUGUGCUCCACUUACCACAGACGUUUACAUUCCUCAAUGACCAUCGAUUCAGUCCUUGUGCAGCCCUUCCCCUUCAUGGUGUUUUAAUGUUUUCUGUGACCUUCCUCACGUAAGUUGUUGUGUGAGUAACUUCACUUUAGACCGUGGGUGUUUUUAGGAGCUGUUCCUGGCUGAUUUGAAGUGAAGGUUAUUCUUGUCUUCAAGGUAACUGAAUGUAGUCCCAGGUGUUAAAAGACGUGUUGGUUUAGAAAAGCACAAACAAGCGACAAAAUGCAGCACAUUUUUAAAAACUUGUUCAUCUUUGAUUAGUGAAUGACAAAGUUUUWAAAAAAAACAAACUCCUUUAUUUGAAAUGGAUUAAAGCUGCACCUCAUCUGAUGGCUCUUUUUAAGUGCUGGAAGUUUAACCCUUAAAUUUCAGCAUCGCAACCAAAGUGAUUCAAAUGGACAUGAGGGUAAAAAGUCAUUAACUGUUUCAUGUGACAAAAACCGUGAUUGUUCUGCAGUAACAUGGGGUGAUGUGAUGUUAACAGUAUCUGGGUGAAAUAAAGGUAAUUUAAUCCGU